AAGCAAUUUAUCAACAACACCCAGAAACUCCGCCAGCUUCGCUGGGCCUGAGCUUGUCUAAGAUGGACUGAAGCAAAGUGUAAAAGUGUUCUGUGGUCUGACGAGUCCACAUUUCAAAUUGUUUUUGGAAACUGUGGACGUUGUGUCCUCCGAACUAAAGAGGGAAAGAACCAUUUGGAUUGGCAUAGGUGCAACGUUAAAAAGCCAGCAUGUGUGAUGGUAUGGGGGUGCAUUAGUGCCCAAGGCAUGGGUAACUUACACAUCUGUGAAGGCACCAUUAAUGCUGAAAGGUACAGUCAGGUUUUGGAGCAACAUACGGACGCCCCUGCUUAUUUCAGCAAAACAAUGUUAUGUUGUGAUGCAAUAUAGUACUGAAUUAGAACAUGCUCUCGUAAAUACUCUGAUCUUUGUAGAUAUUAAGAAGGCCUUUUUCGAAGUGCAUGCUGCUGUUUUUGUUCAUGCAAAUGCAACAAACCUUGUGAAGCGUGAAUCCUGCAGUGAAGGACAACACCCGGCAGGCUGGAGUCACAACGCUGCACACGACCACAACACCCGGCAGGCUGGGGUCACAACGCUGCACACAACCACAGCACCCGGCAGGCUGGAGUCACAACGCUGCACACGACCACAACACCCCGUUAUUGUGCGUUGAGGAGCAUUUUUAAGGGGGAUUUGAUACACUUCAGAGAUGACAACAACGAUCCAUGUUUUUAUCUUCUGCAGCUUGGCUGUGGUCUUUGCAGCUGGGAAGGUGAGCAUUGAGGCGGACAGGCCUUGGCUGAGGGUCCGACUCCUUCGCACCGCCGUCCUGGAGUGCUGCUUCAGGACCAACCAGGACUCCAUCCGAACCGCCUGGAUCAAGGAAGACAGCGCCUCAGGCCCAAAUCCUGUGGUGGUGUCAGACACGGUGACCGCGGGCCACAAAAUCUACCGCGGCCUCACCUGCGGGACCCUGAAGCUGACCCAGGCCCGGCUGAGCGACGGCGGGCUGUACCGCUGCCUGCUCAACACCUCCGAUGUCAUGACGCACGGCACCUACCUGCAGGUCUACGAGCCGCUGAAGAAGAUAAUAAACCUCAGCGAAAAGACCAAAAACAACAUCCUGAUGGCAGAAGGACUUUUGCUCUUCCUUUGUGUCUUCUUGCCUUCGGUGGCUCUUCUUUUUAAGUCAAAUCAACUGAGUGCGCUGCAGAGGACAAAGGCCAGGAGGGAAGAGGAGAACAUCUAUCAGGGCCUCAACCUGGAAGAGUGUUGCGCCAUAUACGAUCAGAUCGAUCACUCCGAGACAGCGGUGGGCCCCUACCAGGAUGUGUUCAACAAUGUGGAGGAAAUCCAGCUGGAGAACCCGUGAAUGGGAAGGAAGAAACACAACUGAAACAAAAGCGCAGUUAAGAAAAUGUGUUUAUUGCUGUGGUUGAGUGAAGUGUCUGCUUUUGUUGUCCUUUAAGUGUUUUAUAUUUUAAUUUUAUCCUUAGGUUUAGCACAAGAUCUGGGUUAGAGCCAAUUGAGGCUUUUUAUUCAAUCCACACCCACACUCCUUUUCAUUGUUUC